AUGAAUACAACCCUCUCGUCGGAUUUUGGUAUGGGGAUGACCAGCCCUUUCGUAGGGAGCCUGUGGGGGAUCUCCGCAGUCAGUCACGGCCACCAGAGGCCUCCUACGCCUGAUCCACUCGCUCUCCACCAACGGUCCUAUCAUCGGCUCCUUCGAGGUUGCGCGCGUCCAUCCAUCCCUGGAUCCCCUCGUCCCCCGCACAUCUGCUUCGGUGGGCCGUCCCGCGCGUGGCUCCGCCCGUGGCCACCCCGGCGCCGCCUCCUGCCUCGUGUGCCCGCGGGCUCCCUGCAGCUCCCGCGCGCUGCCCCCUGCCCUGAGACAGAGCUCCUCCCCACGGUGCCGACUCCCCUGCGCCGCAGCUCCGCGACCGCCACCGCGUGCCUGCGGUUCCGGCCCGCGUGCGUCCCUCCACGUCCGUGGCCCUUGAGUGCCUCGCCACGCUCAGGGCCCUGCUCGCCCGCGCAUGCUUCGCGCUGUGCCUGGCUCCCGCGUGCCGUCUGCUUUGCCUCAGGCCCCGACGCGCCCGAGCCCCUGCUCCCCCUACCGCCUCCUCCUGCGUCGCUUGCCGGCUUCUCGCCCGGCCGGCUCCGCGACCCGGCCGCAUCCCGCGCGCUCACCGGCUUCCUCGCCACCCGGCCACGCGGGCUCCAACCGCGCGUGUCGCCCCCUGCGGCUUUCGUCCGCGCCCAUGCCCACUUACGCGUGCGCCCCCGCGCACCUCCGCUUCGUCGCCGCUCCACGAACCGCGCGCUCACCGUCCGCGCCUGCCGGCUUCGCUCACGCCGGCUCCCCCGCAACCCGGCCUGCCGGCUUCACCCUCGCUUCUCCUCCGCUUCGGCCGGCUUCCCGGUAGCCGGCCGGCCGGCUCCCGCGCUGGCCGGCUUCCCGGCAACCCGGUCGGCCGGCUCCCGUGCUGGCCAGCUUCUCGCCAACCCGGUUGGCCGGCUCCUGUGCGGGCCGGCUUCCCCGCAACCCGGCCGCCAGCCUCUGCCUUGACCCGGCCGCCGGUUUCUGCCACGCCCCGCUACUGCCUGCUGCUCGUACAGAGAAGCAAAGAAAAAGAUGAGGCCGGCUUCAUAGAAAGGUAAGAGUGUGGCCGGCUGGAGAAAAGUCAGGCGCCGGCUGCUAAAAAAGAAGAAGAGGAGCCGGAUGCUAGAAGAAAAAGGGCCGGCUGCUUGCUUGGGACCGGCUGAAAAAGUCCAAGGCCGUGUGCCAAAGACCGGCUGACAAAAAAAAUUCCAACUGCUGGGUUGGUAAAAAGAGAGAGAGAGGCCGGCUGCCCGAGAAAGAAAGGAAAGUACCCAGCUGACUGCUCGUGCAGAAGAAGCGUCCGGCUACCCGUUGCCAACAGACAGACAAAGAGAAGAACAAAGAUUGUUGCCAGGUGGAGAAAAGUCAGGCCGGAUGCCCACCUGACUGCUC